AUGACCACUAUCAAUCAUGACCAUCCUCUCAUUUAUUAUCACGGGAGGUGGGAUUCCUCUCCUGGGACUUGGUGGGCUGGCUCUGGCUUUAAAAUCAACGCUCUCAACCUACAUUCCUUGAUCGUCAUCCUCGGCGAGCACACUACGGCCCCAUGUGCUCCUAUCGCUGUUUCAGUGGAUAAUUCGGAAUUUUUCACGAUGAACGCAUCAGCAGGUGCACAUUAUAUUCCACUCCCCGAGUCGACGAAGGCCACACCCUCUGUCGUUCGGAUUAAUGUCGAGGGAUGGCAGAAUAAUCGCAUCCAUCUCGACAGCAUUAUGUACAAUUCGUCGAAGGAUGCUAUCCUUUUGCCUUAUCGACCCUCGAAAUUGGCCUUCCAGUUCAUCGGAGACUCGCUGUCUGCGGGACAGUUUCUUCCCCUCGGGGUCAACCAAGCUUGGCCAUUCAUUGUGGGCGAGAGAUACAAGGCUGAGCACAGGAUCAACGCACAACCAGGAGCCACUCUAACGGAUAUAGUCUCAUACGGGAACGUCCAUGGGGUUUCGUAUCAAUAUUUCCGAACAGAGGAUACUGGAUUCUACUACACCUCUGAUCACAACUUCACGACUCCUUGGAAUUUUUCGCGGGACCGCCCAAGCGCUACACAUAUUGUAAUCCACAUUGGAGCAAACGACGCUUCUCAAGGCAUAACAGGAGACCAAUUCGUACAGGUCUAUUCUGAUUUCCUCGAGCGCCUCCGAAAAGUAUACCCCAAGCAGCCAAUCUUCAUAUUCACGCCAUGGGGAUGGCCCAACGAAGAUGCUCCAACCUAUUACUACUACCCAGGCCAGUAUGAGAAGAUUGUCAACACGAGAAAGGCGAAAGGCGAUAAAAAUAUCUUCCUCGUCGAUACGAUAGGAUGGGUCGGGAUGUCUGACGUCUACUCUGACAACAAGCACCCGAAUGUGGAGGGCCACCAGAACAUUGCAAACCAUUUUACUGCCUGGCUCGAGAAUUGGGGAUUGUCUCCGUGA